ACUGGUAUCACUCGCUACCUCACCCUGCUGCAACCAGUGGACAGGGAAGAACAGCAAACUUACACAUUUUCGAUAACAGCAUUUGAUGGUGUACAAGAAAGUGAGCCAGUUAUUGUCAAUAUUCAAGUGAUGGAUGCAAAUGACAACACUCCAACCUUCCCAGAAAUAUCCUAUGAUGUCUAUGUUUAUACAGACAUGCGCCCAGGGGACAGUGUCAUACAGCUCACUGCAGUCGACACAGAUGAAGGGUCAAACGGGGAGAUCACGUAUGAGAUCCUGGUUGGGGCUCAGGGAGACUUCAUCAUCAAUAAAACAACAGGGCUUAUCACCAUCGCUCUGGGGGUGGAACUGAUAGUUGGGAGGACUUAUGCGCUCAUGGUCCAAGCAUCGGAAAAUGCUCCUCCUGCAGAGAGAAGGCACUCCAUCUGCACAGUGUACAUUGAAGUGCUUCCUCCAAAUAAUCAAAGCCCUCUCCACUUCCUACAGCUGAUGUAUAGCCUUGAAAUCAGCGAAGCCAUGAGGAUUGCCUCAACUGCCACCGUAAAUGUGGUAGUGACAGAUGUCAAUGACAAUGCUCCAGUGUUUGAUCCAUAUUUGCCUAGAAACUUGUCUGUGGUGGAGGAGGAAGUCAAUGCCUUUGUGGGUCAAGUAAGGGUGCAGUCAGUCUUCCUUAGCUGGUUCCUGCUUGGAAAUAUCUGGAGGCCAGAGAAGAAAAAUUUUGAAGAGGGAAUGCAUGUUUUAAAUCAG